AUGGCGACAAACCCUAGACAGGUUCCGAGCGCCGUGCUCGCGCAGAGGCCCAUGUACCUGCUGCGACAGGUGCUCAAGGACCUGUGCCUGCAGAACGGAUGGACGUACUCCGUCUUCUGGAGACUGAAGCGUCGCGCGGUUCCGCGAACGUCGCAAACAAAUGUACCAAUACGGGGAAACCGCAUGAUGAAACGUGAGGACGACGAUAACUGGGUGCUCAUGUGGGAGGACGGCUACCUGGUCCCUCAUGCCGUGCUCAAGAAGCUGGAGGACCAGAUGGCACGGUUGCGCAAUUCGGCUUCUAGUGGGGGCGCGGGCGGCAGCAGCAGCCGUCAGGCGGACGCUGUACCCGCUUUAGACGAGCUCUGUUAUGACUGGAAGCAGCUGCACGCCACGUAUCUGAAGUUCUCGUACCAGAUCUAUAACUACGGCGAAGGGCUGGUGGGCGUGAGUGUGGCAUCGGAGGCAGCCGAGUGGGUGUACAGCCACGCCAAGUACCACGCUGACACACUCAACUCCGUGCAGAGCCAGAUAAAGGAGGACCCGAGCAUUUCACAGGGUCUCAAGGAGAAAUUCGAGCAACUGCAGAAGAUUCCUGGAGUCUUCCUCCCGGAUUUCAUUCCAGAAACCUCCACCACACCAGCAAGCAUCGCCAAACCCCUCCCCAUGCCACCCUCCCACCUCCCGCCGCAUCCCUCCUCCCCAUCCUCCCAUGCUCCCACCGCCUCUCCUUCCCAUUCCAUCGCCUCCUCUCCCCAUCCCUCCUCCCGCCAUCCCCCCUCCGCCGCCCAAGCCCAUUCGUCUAGAUUAAGCCAAAAUUCGAGACCGGUUCCUCUUAGAUUUGAUCCGCCUAGAUCUGAUUCUCCCAACCGGACCACGCAGCGAGCCUUGGCGAAGCUGUCCAUCCUGGGCUCCCCGUCAGAUUCGGCAACUGAACAUGCUAUUCCACCUACUGCUUCCAGAGCUGCUGCUGCCGUACCUAUGGCAGGCUCUCAUGCGGCCUCCUCUCCCCGCUCCCGCAUGAGCUGGGGAAGCGGGGGGGAGAGUGGGGGAGCCGGGGGAGGCGCUGGUGCUGUGGGGGGUGGGAGUGGUGCGAGGGAAAGGUUGUGUGGGGGUGGUGGCAGUGGCAGCUUGAAACGACCUCUGGAGGAGGACAGUGGAGGGGCGGAGGAGAUGGAAUGUGCUGGGUUGAGUGGGGGGAGCGGUGCGGCAGAGUCGGGGUCAGGAGCAGCGGAUGGGCAGGGACAGGGUGCAACAGGAGGGGAUACUUGUGCUGGUGCUGCCAGUGGGGAGGAACGAGCACCAGCAGGAGCAGCAGGAGGAGGAGCGGCAGGAGCAGCAGGGUCAGCGCAAGCAGCACCUACCAGAAGGCAAGGCAGCUUCGGGUCAGGUGGGCUGCAAAGUUUAGAAGCCGCCUUUGCUCCCUUCGACUCGACACAGAAACAGAAUCUUGGGGCGGCGUUCGCAACGUUUUCGACAUCGGAGGAGGAGAGGAGGCGAGCAGAGGAGCAGUUUCGCAAGCUGGCGAGGCAGGCAGAAUUCAAUGACCCCUCUGUGGCUGCUGCUGUCAAGCUCUCCCGCGCUGCCAUGAGCCGGGGCUCCUCAGGUGAAUUCUCAGGUGCUCCUGCUGGUGCGUCUGCUGGUGGCUCUGCUGGUGCGUCUGUUGGUGUGUCUGCUGGUGGGACGGCUGGUGGGCUGGUUUCGCCCGGUGGGAGUGGGUCCAAAGCGGUGGACUCCCCACGGGCGCCCAUGGAGGUGACUAGUGCUGGGGAUAGGCUGGAUGCAAUUCUAUCCGCUGCUGAUCCGUCCGAAGCUGAGAAGCAGGUUCAGGCGCUGCUGCAGCGGAAGCUGAACGAGAUGGCAGCAGGCUCGGCGCAGGCUCGGAAAGCCUUGCUGGAUCGGCUGAAGGUUGAGGUUGCCGAACGGAGGAAGGCUCUGAAUUCGAAGAGAGGGGGGGUUGGAGGGGAGGAGGAUGAGGAGGAGGAUGGGGAGGAUGAGGAUGAAGAGGAGGAUGGAAGUGAUGGUAGUGAUAGUGGUGGGUCGGAUGGGAUAGACCGAAUGAUUGGUGGUGCAGGCACAGCAGCAGGGGUAGAAGGAGGAGGGGUGAGAGGUGUGGGGAGAGGAAUGGGAGGGAAUCUGGCUGGAGGUGUUGGGAAUGAGGCGGGGAUGAGAGGGGUAGGGGGGGCGGUGGAUGGGCAAAUAGGAAGCGGUGGUGGGAGAGGAGGGGUGUGGAAGGUGGAAGAUAUGGGAGGGUGGAGCACAGGGCUUGAUACAAGACAAAAUGGAGCUCAAAUAAACAGCCACCUGGGCGGCAACCAUUUGGGUGGCAACCAUUUGGGCGGCAACCAUUUGGGCGGCAACCAUUUGGGUGGCAACCAUUUGGGCGGCAGUCACAACUCGGGCGGCAAUCACUUGGGCAACUCGUUGUCACCCGCAGCUGAUGUGAAACCAGGUGUGCUGUCACAGAGUCAAGGCACAGGCCAUUCUACAGCCGCUUUACUGGCCAAUCACGGGUCGACACCUGGCAGCACUUGGGACAGAAGCAUUGGGGGGGGCUCUGCUCUCCCAACUCCUCGUGAGGGUGUCACUACUGCUGCCCAGCCGACUCUCUCCACUGGUGGUUUUGAGCUGGACCAGCAGGGGCAGGGGCAGGAGAGGGGAGUGCAGCAGCAGGGGUUGGAGGAUUUCAGCAUGUUUCUAGACGAUCUGGAUUUGGGUGUGGAGCUGCCCCCGGACCUUCACUUUGCGUCGGCGUAG